UCCCCUCUUCUUGUUCACGAAAAUGGCGUCAAAAAGGGGGCGUGGCUUAGGCACACCAUCAUCAGAAAACAUCGCACAAUCAGGCGAGAUUGUCGGGACCGGAGCGUACGGAGGCCUUCCUGCAGCAUAAAAAUCACUUAGCGUCAGUUCAAAAUCCAACUUUUAUGGAGGACGGUCGGUCGAGCCCCGGUGUGUUGCGCUUGUGUGCUGUGUGCGGGAAGCUGAUGUUGAAUUGUUUCUAAAUUUUAUCGUGCGAUUAAGGUGGUGGUGUGGCGUGAUGAUAAAUUAUGAGUUGUGAUUGAUUUUUUUGUUGCAGCCACGUUCGUUGAUGUUGAUUGAAAUGCAAUUGCAUUAAUUGCAUUGAUGCCUAGAAUCCAUAAUUAACAGUACCAGUGCAAUUUAUGUGCAAUAGAAGUAAAGUUUAACAAUCAAAGAUGUAUUUAUGCUACAAACCAUGAUGGCAGCAGUGAACAAAAGCCGUAAAAGUGUGCAAAUUGUGUGGCAAGCAAACAGCAGUAUGAUUUCCUAAAACAAAAAAGCAAACAUCAUCCUCGUUUCCUGCUCGAAGGUCGGAAAAACGGUCCGAAUCGACAAGGUGCAAAGUGUCAAACUGUAACCGAGUGACACGAGUGAGAAAAGGCCUACUACUGUGUUGAUCCUUCCAAUGGGACAGCCUGAAAGUGUCAAAACAGGAUUUGUUUAGUGACCUCACAGUCGCUCAUCCAUUGUGUUGUCUGUGUCGGUGUUGCUUUGUGAUAUUCUGUCGUCUCGCGUUCUGUUUGGACCGCAGUGUCUGUUUGUGUGUGCGUGUGUGUGUGCAACAGGCCCGUCCGCAUGUGUGUUUGGUCGGGCCGGGUCGCGCCCAUUCGGUUGAGUCGUUGACGACGCCCGCUCUCCGGUACAGCAAGCGAUGGUCCUGGAGCACCAGGGAAUGCUGCAGAAUCUGCAAACGCUCGGCUCGCAGCCCGCCCUGCAGCUGUACGCGGCGGCCGCUGCGGCCCAGCUCGCCCCCCGCAACCGGUCGAGCGUACCGCCCCAAUGGGCGCCCUUCCUGCAGUUCGGUGUGCCGAACGUGUUCGGUGGCCACUUUCUCGCCCGGCCCCGCUUCGGCCCGCCCGGUGUACCGCCCAACCUGCCCGGCCUCGGCGGAGGUGGUGGUGGUGGUGGCGGCGGUGGAGCCGGCACGGGUUUGGGCAGUGCCGGUGCCAACGGACUGUCCGGUGGGCUGCUGAACGGUGCUACCCAUCCCAACAUAUCACCUCAUCGCGCCAUGCAGGGACCACCGAGCGAAGAUUCCAACGAUGAUCGAGGAUCAGCCGCCGACGGGGACGACGAAAGCAGCGCAUCGAAGCGGCGACGGUCGCGAACCAACUUCAACUCGUGGCAGCUCGAGGAGCUCGAGCGAGCCUUCUCCGCCAGCCACUAUCCGGACGUGUUUAUGCGCGAAGCGCUGGCCAUGCGGUUGGAUCUCAAGGAAAGCAGGGUAGCGGUGUGGUUUCAGAACCGAAGGGCCAAGUGGAGGAAAAAGGAGCACACCAAAAAAGGCCCCGGCAGACCCGCACACAACGCCCAUCCGCAGUCCUGUUCCGGUGAACCGAUCCCGCCAAGCGAGCUGCGAGCGCGAGAAAAAGCCCGCCGUCGGAAGAAGAUAGCGAAGGCACUCGAGCGGCAAGCCCGGAAACUGCGCGCCAAGGGCAUUACCGUCGAUCUGGAAGCGCUGAAGGCCGAGUACCUAUCCCAGCACCGGAACAACUCGGGCAGCGAUUCGGAGGACGACGACGACAACGACAACGACGACGAGGAUCCGAUCGACGUGGUGGGCGGUGCGGAGUCGGGCGACGAACCGGAGGACUGCUCGAUGCAGCGCCGGGACAGCGUCGACGGGGACGGGCUGCUGGACGAUGGAGCCGGCAGUGACACACCGCGCAACAGCAUCAGGCCCAACCCGUUUAGCAUAGAAUCGCUGCUGUACAACAAUACGUGAAACCGGACGGCGGACAGUGUCUAAGCCGGUGCUCUAUGAUGGGGCGUUCUAUGCAAUUCCUUCUUACACUAACCGAGCGAGCGAGCGAGCGAGAUGGGUGGAAAGUCGGAAAGUGUGUUCCUAAAAUCUGUACAUGUGCGGUCAGUGCGCCGGACGAAACUGCUCCCAGUUUGAAAAUUGCAAUUUUAUCCUCGAUCCUGUGUUCCCAUUCCCUCCCCCUCUCCAAGAAGCAAUCUUACCAGUAGGUAGAACCGAAUGUUUGCACAACGAAUCUCCCUGUCCCUGCUUUCCCUGCUCCCGCAGGACUGUGUGUACUUGUGUAAACCAUGCACACAGCUGCAUUAUUUAUUUUAAUUAAUAUUUUACCUGUAAUUAUUGUUUAACGAAAACUAGUUCAAAGGCGUAUUCCCACGCACACGCACACGCUACAUUACGCCAUUGGCUCUGGAACACUCGUACAUGCAUGCACUUCGACAAGUCGCCACCGUAUGCGGAGUGGCGCUAGUAGCAAGCAAAGAGAACAGAAGAGGCAAACACGCGCGAUAGUGAGAGCGCGAAACUAUAUAAAAACCAAGGCUAGAAAAAUGCGAUCCCAAAUGUUUAAUGUCCCCUUGAGCGGUCCCAUUUCAAAAAGAUUAAAUGAUCAAAAGCUUUUAUUUGUGCAAAAAAAAAAAGACGAGACCACACAUGUUUUGGUUUCAAUAAAACACAGCUGAUAGGAGUUUUAUUAGGGCAAUUAAACGAUUGGGUAAUGUUUUGAAUUGGUUUUUCCGUUUCAUCAUUCCGCAACUGGACAAAUGACUGUUUAAGCGCGUGAGUGGCUGUGUGUGUGUGUGUGUGCGUGUAUAUGUGUACAUUAGAAUAGUUUGAAGCUUUUUGUUUUCAAACGAAAUGGAUCGCCCCCCCCCCCC